AUGGACACAGAAGGAGAAAUAUAUUCCAACGAGCUUCCUGUAUUUCAUAAAGAGCGUUGGGAACUUGAGUUCUGCAAGAGCCUUAUGCGAGAGCUCAAGAAAUCAAGGCAUGCACCCAUCGUGAGGCCUAUCACGAGUCUCCGCACAAACAAAAGCACUGCAUAUCUUGAUUUGGCUGGCGUAGAGAAAAAGCUCUUGAAUGGACAGUAUUCGACGGCCAGAGAGUUCACUAUGGACAUUGAUUGUUUAGAACAGGCGGCAGGCUCACUUGAGGACGGAAGCAUAUCCAGUGCAGAUUACGCGGCUUGGAGAUCAUUCAGAGCCCUCUUCGAUAGCGAAUAUAUCAAGAUGAAAGAUUGGAUUCGUGACAACGAACUUCGAAUACUUGGGAAGCUACAGAUGAAGCAGGGUGAAAGUGAGGAUGUAGCUUCUCAGCAGGCAACGGCCCAGAGAAACUUUAAACGCCUAGAACUGGGUGACUUCGAUUUCUUGGCCACAAUCGGCAAGGGGAAUUAUGCGAAGAUCAUGCUAGCUGAAUUUAAAUCUAGUAAGAAGCUGUGUGCUGUGAAAGUCUUGAAGAAAGAUUUUCUUGUAGAGAAUGAUGAGGUAGCAAGCAUAAGUACGGAAAAGCAGGUGCUCAUUAGGGCACGCGAACAAGCGCAUCCCUUUAUCGCCAUGCUCUACGGUACCUUCCAAACAGAAACGAGAGUGUAUUUUGUGAUGGAGUACCUUGGUGGGGAGAUCUCAUGGAAUCUAUCAAUGAGGCUCAAUUUGGUGUUAGAAGAGGAGUUUAGGUUUUACGCUGCUGAAGUCUGUCACGCCAUUCAGUGGCUACACAGUGAACAGAUCUUGUAUCGUGAUCUAAAGCUAGAUAACAUCUUACUCGCCCCGGAUGGUCAUAUAAAGCUUUUAGACUUUGGACUCUGCAAGGUGGGAGAAUCAGUGCUGCAUGGCACUUCAACCUUCUGUGGCUCGCCCGAGUUCAUGGCUCCAGAGAUUCUCCUUGACAAGAAGUACGGCUUACCUGUUGACUGGUGGGCUUUUGGGGUGAUGAUUUAUCAGCUACUUCUCCGGCAGUCGCCAUUUCAGGGGGAGAAUGAGGACGAAAUCUAUGAUGCGAUACUCGCUGACGAACCACUCUAUCCAAUUCAUAUGCCAAGAGAAGCCGUAGCCAUUAUACAAAAACUGCUGACUCGCGAACCAGGACAAAGACUGGGCUCUAGUAGAGGCGCACUAGAAGUGAUGGAGCAACCUUUCUUCAAAGAAAUCGAUUGGGAGAAGCUCUACAGAAAAGAGAUCCCUCCUCCUUUUGUCCCAGAUGUCACCAGUACAGACUCCGUGGCCAAUUUUGAUCCAGAGUUUACCAAAGAUGCCCCCAGAUUGACUCCUGUUCAAAGCAUGAGAGACAUGACACAGGAAGUACCAUCAACAAAUAGCAUGCAGGAUAUUCCUGCGGCCUAUGACGCCUACUAUGACUCAGACCCUCAAGCGCUAUAA